CGACUGCAGCUUAUCAGAACCUAAUACAAAUUUUACUUUAUCCUAAAUUUGAAAAAGAACAUUUGAUUACCAAUUUGCAAAGUCUUAAAAAGCAACAUGAACAACUCCCUUUAAUGAAAAUUCAGAGUCAUGUAAUUCCAAUAAACACUAAAAACACACCAUCAACUACAAAAGACUCUAAGAGAAUUUAUUAUUUUUCUUUAAUUGAACAUCUUCAACGAAUAUUAAAAAAUCCUUUUCUCAGUUCUCAAUUAUAUUUUGGGCCAGAAGGAGAUCUUUGGGCUGAAUCUCCACUUUUUGGCCAAUCAAAUUUAAUUACAGCACAAGAUUUUAUUCAAUAUUAUUCUCCUUCAAAAUCUGUUGAGAUUGGUAGAAUUUGUUCUUUUAUAAUUGUAAAUGAAAGAUUAGCAAUUCAUAUUCAAAGAUUAAUUUCUUAUGAACAAAUUCCACAAUAUCUGCAUUCAAAAAAACAUGCUUCACAUUCAUUACAAGGAUGA